AGCUAAAGUUUCCAGCUUGAAAGCAAACCAGCCUCUCUUCAGUCUGUAACAGAGAGGAGGCUCGUCUUUAAACGCACCACGGAUGAUGGACUUCACUUCGCUGGACGCACUAAACGGACUCUAACGCUUAUGCGGAUUUACAUGCUGUUACGGUCCAUUUUUUUUCGACAGUUUUUCCAAGACGACUUGAGGUGUGACCGAGAUUUUCCUUUUUUUCUUUUUGUGCUGCAGCUCGUGGAUGAUCCAAAAUGACUUUUGCUAAAUGGCCACUGGUCGGAGCUUAGUGCUGAUCCAUCGAAGAGCACUAUGAGUAGAUGACAACAAGCAGCCUUUAAUCCAGAAAAGGAUUCCUCUUCUCUGUGCUGUAAGAGUCUGCUAACCGUGUGUAAGGACCACUGGGAGUACGAGAAUCAAGUCAAGGACACGUUCGCUCCCCCUCAGCCUGCAGGAAGAUGGGAGUGAGAAAAUAAAGCUCUGCGGAGUCGAGAGGAGCUUAAUGAAUUCCAAGGAAUCUUAAAACAAACGGUGUGAAUUUGUGUGUCUUCUGUGAGAGGAUCAGGCAACCAUGUGGACAUUAGCUGCGACUGUCCACUGUCUUCUGGCUGCUGCGCUGCUAUUGGCUGGCUGCCUCCAAUCACUGAUGGCCACCGAGGAUGAUGUCACGCCGCGCAUCAGUUUCUCUUACAAUGCGAAGGAAAGGUCAGCCAAGAGAUUCUCUGUGGACGGCGUCUUCAAUUACACCUCGCUGUUGCUCAGCCAGGAGGACGACAUGCUGUACGUCGGAGCCAGGGAGGCGCUGUUCGCCCUCAGCCUCUCGGACAUCAGCAAGGCCAAGCUGCAGAAGAACCUGACGUGGGGCACUCCUGCUGGAAAAAGAGAGGAAUGCAGCUUCAAAGGCAAAAACUUAGAGACUGAUUGCUUCAAUUACAUCAAAAUCCUCCUGCGGCUGAAUAGCACUCAUCUCUAUGUGUGUGGCACCUAUGCUUUCAGUCCUAUUUGCGCCUACAUAAACACGUCAACGUUCACACUGGAGAGAGAUGAAGUGGGCGAGGUCGUGAUGGAAGAUGGGCGCAGUCGCUGCCCCUUUAAUCCAGAGUACAAAUCCACUGCCAUCAUUGUUGAUGGUGAAUUGUACACGGGUACUGUCAGCAACUUCCAAGGGAACGAGCCAGUCAUCUACAAGAGUUUGGGUCAGGGAACUGCUCUGAAGACAGAAAACUCUUUAAAAUGGCUGCAAGAUCCAGUCUUUGUCGGGUCGGCUUACAUCGAGGAGAGUCAGCCAGUAGGCAACCCCGUGGGAGACGACGACAAGAUCUACUUCUUCUUUAGCGAGGCGGGGAAAGAAUUCGACUUCUUUGACAACACCAUUGUGUCGAGGAUCGCUCGCGUGUGUAAGGGUGAUAAAGGCGGCGAGCGGGUGCUGCAGAAGAAAUGGACGACCUUCCUGAAGGCCCAGCUCCUGUGUUCCCUCCCUGACGACGGCUUCCCCUUCAACAUCAUCCAGGACAUGUUUGUCCUGAAGCCCAUGGGAGACAGCUGGGAGAGCACCGUCUUCUACGGCGUCUUCACCUCCCAGUGGUAUAAAGGAGCAUCGGGCAGCUCAGCGGUGUGCGCUUUCACCAUGGCGCAGGUGGAAAGAGCCUUCAGCGGGCGCUACCGAGAGGUCAACCGGGAGACACAGCAGUGGUACACCUACAACCACCCAGUGCCAGAACCACGGCCCGGGGCGUGUGUGACCAACCACGCCAGGCAAAUGGGUAUCCAGUCGUCCUUGCACAUGCCUGAUAAAGUGCUCAACUUUGUCAAGGACCAUUUCCUGAUGGACAGCGUGAUCCGCAGCGCUCCCCUGCUGCUGAAGCGCAGCGUGCGCUACACGCAGAUCGCCGUGCACAAGAUCCAAGGCAUGGAGAGGGCCUACGACGUGCUCUUCAUCGGAACAGAUGAUGGAAAGCUCCAUAAGGCCAUCAACGCCAACGAUAAGAUGCACAUCAUAGAGGAGAUGGUUCUGUUUCCGGAGCCUCAGCCUGUGCAGCACAUCGAACUUGAUCCUCAGAGGGGUCUGUUGUUUGUGUCGUCCAACUCUGGGCUGGUGGAGGUUCCUGUGGCCAACUGCUCUAACUACCUGAGCUGCGGAGAGUGUGUGUUGUCCAGAGACCCGUACUGCGCCUGGACCGGGCGGCUGUGUCGAGACGUCAGGAUGGCCCCACCUGACAGUCACUGGCAGCAGGAUGUGGAGGAGGCAGAUACAUCAGCGAUUUGUAACAGGACGUUUCCCAGCGCCAGAGCUGCAAGACCAGCAGCUUCUCGUGGCACCCAAUGCCAGCUCAUUACAAUCCCAGUCAACACAUUCAGAGUCCUGCCCUGUAAACUGCGGUCCAACCUGGCCCAGAGGAGGUGGCGUUACAGCGACAGCGCCAGCCAGUUCCUCUACGCUACCCCAGAGGGAAACCUGGUAGUGGUGGCGCAGGCCGACAGGUUGGAGACCUACGAGUGCUGGUCAGAAGAGGAGGGCUUCCGCCAGCUGUUGGCCAACUACUGUGUGAGGGCGGAGCCCCGCCUGGAAAGCACCACUCUGAUCGGUCACUCGCGCACGCCGCACAUUGAGCGAGAGGAGACCAUCAUCCUGCCCGGCGAGUCUCGCUCUGAGCAAAUCCACACCAAGACGUACUGGAACGAACUGAUUGUGGUGUGCGCCCUGCUGGCGUUCUCCCUCGUGGUGUUCUCCUUGUUCGUCAUCUACAGGAACAGGGAUCACAUGAAGUCCAUGCUGAAGCAGGGCGAGUGCCCCAACAUGCAGCAGAAGAAGCCGAGGAUUGUGGGAAAGCCCGCCGAGAGCUUGCCCCUGAACGGUAACACCAUCCCCGUUUCCACCUCUGAUCACAAGGGCUACCAAACGUUAAACGACAACUACAUCUGCAGCACGCCCACGCACGAGUCCUCGCCAGACAACAGCAAGAGCUUCUCCGAGUCCUCCGACAGACGGCCGCUUAAUGUGAAAGAGAGCCACGUGGAAUACUCCCCGACCUGCCCUCGGCCCAGAGUGAGGCUGGGCUCGGAGAUCAAAGACUCUAUCGUAUGAGAGCGCAGUAUUCGCUGAAAAGAUGCCACCCUGUAUCUCCGUGAUGGAUACAGGCCACCGAGCAAAGGAGAGGAGACCCUGACAUCCCUCGACAUCACAGCACCUCUUUUAUUUUAGUCAUCUUUUGUUCUGUGAUCAGUGCGGAGGUCAUUUUGUUUAAUCAUUUCCACUCCGAAGCCAGAGGUUGGUCUGGUUUGCUGCAUAAAGCGAGAAGAGGAAGCAGCACAACACUUUGGAUCAACCACCAUGGCAGCUGCUCAGAGUAACACAGCCUUUGUUUGAGCGCUUCUCAUGGCCUCUAAUGUGUGUGUGAGUGUAGGGCUGGGCAAUACGAGGAAGAAAUACCACAGAAGACCUUCUUCCGAUAUCAAUAUUUAUCACAGUAUCUCUUUAGGUAUGCAACAGUAAAAUGUCUAGUUCAUGUCCAUCACAUGAUAUAAAAAAAAAAGAAAAUUAUGAAUAUUGACAGGUUUCCCAGCCCUAUUUGAGCAUGUGUAACCCUCCACAUGCUCUGCAGAAGACACUUCUGUUAUUAUGCACACUAGAACCAAGCUACAGCUACAUGGUGACCAAGAGUUCAGGUUUAGGAGAAUAUAACACAUGUAUUAUUGCAUAUUCAUUAUGAUCCGCACAUUAUGGAAGCAAAGUCAAAAGCACAUUUGUUCCCUUUUGCUGAAUAAAUGUCGUGACUGUAUGAGGAUAAAGAUGAUGAAAGACGAGGCAGACUGGGAGACGCGCUGUUGGAACAACAAUGAAAAGGGCCGCGACUGAAAGAAAGACGAUCAAAAAAAUGUGAUCAUAAAUUAUGCCCCAGGGCCUAAAUACUGACAUUUACCUCCUGAAUGUAUGUUGUUGUUCAAAGGUUUCAUUCACACAUCACGAGAAUUUAGGGAAGCCGUUGCUCUACACCUCUACUCAUCUGAGACAACGCCAUGAUGGGCUCAUAAAAAUCGACGGAGACACAGAUGACCCUGUGGCGAAAGAGUCAACGGACAUUACAAGCACAGAGAGCCAAGGAAAAAAAAAAAAAGGGGACGUCCACACCUCUACCAUCUUCAGGGCUGCACCGAAAUCAUCGUGUGCACUGUGCCAAAAAAAACAACAACUCGAUUGUCUUAUCUAAAUGCAAUAGUGCCAUUCUGUCAUGACCACUCCCAUGCUUUGCAUCGAUCACUGUCGAAGAGCACAUGGUGAUGGAACCGGAGGUGGGUUUCACAAAAGUAAAAUGGCACUAAUAAUACUAAUAAUAAACAAAUGUGAAGUGCAAAGUUGGGAAAAGACUGUUAGCUCAUAAACGACUGUGUUGGGCGAAAUAAUUGACUUUCAAGUCAAAUCUGAACUGGGGCCAAAGGAUACGGCGUGGAGAUUGUUACUUCAUAUGGAAACUUAUCUUGUGUUCGACAGGAGAGAAAAUAUUCCAGCUACCCUUAAAGGAGUUAUCUGCCUUCUUAGUAUACACUGAAACAUAACAGGUACAACCAGUUUGAGACUAUUGAAGCUCUAAUGGCUCAAAACAGAACAACCAAUAAUAACUGUCACUGUAGUGGAGAGAUUUCAUGUUAUCUUGUCCAGACUGCAGCUGCACUAUGUAGUGAUGCAGUUGCACAGAGCGCUGUAUUAGCUCAAUAUAUUAGGUUACUUUUCUCACAUUUCCCCCCCACACUCAGUCAGAUGUCAUUGCGACGUUAAUGUGAAAGCACAAGUAAUCAGGGUCUUGAAUACGUAGAGGUUUGCACAUGUCAGUAAAAUCGGCUCGUACUCUUAAGAAACGCAACUACUGAGAGACGGACGGCGUGGCUGCUGAGGAAAAUGAUUCUUAGAAAUCAGUUAUUACAGGGACCAGUGCAGCCAUUACGAACACACGUGUACCCACAUUGCUUAGACUUUUGAGACUUAACAAGCAGAAUUUCCCAAAGAUGUAGGAAGCCGAUGGUGUUGUGUAAAUCUGAGUGAGAAACAUUUACCAUGGGGACGAUAUGGCACCACAUGUCUUAGAAUACAUCACCAGUUCACUGUAUUGAUCAAGUAAGCCUACAGUAUAUUCCAGUAUCAUACAGAUCAAACAUUUUGCUAUUUCCAACACUGAGCAGAUGACGAAGUGCUAUGUAACUGCUACAAGUCGACAGAGUAAGUGCACGGCGGCGUACUGCGCAACAGUGGUCAGUGUUUCCUUUUUUUCUUUAGUUUUUGUUGUGUAUAUACAGUAUCUGUGCUUAAUAUUGUGUGUUUUUCAAGGGACCUUGUGCAAGAUGUGUUGUAGAGAUAGUCUUGAAACUAGAGAGUGAACACUGCUGAUAUUUUGUUUUCAUAGUGCUUUACUGCCUACUUCAGCGUACAUUUCAAAACUUGCACAGAAUACUGCGCAUUUCUUUCUCACCGUGCUGUUAGUUCAGCACCUGGGCUGGUUUUUAUCAAGCAUGUCAAAGCAGGAGGGGGAUCUGUUUUUAUCUUUGUGCCAAACUGAAUUAGAGGGGUAGUUGGAUAUUGUAGGAAAUACACUUAUUCACUUUCUUGCUGAGAACUAAUUGAGAUGACCGAUACCACUCUCAUGUCUGCACGCUAAAUAUGCAGCUAAACUUUAGAGAUGCUGGUAGGAGGCAGAUUUUGUUACCUUUGGACAGAAGCAGACCAUAGACUGUAUAUAAGAAGUAGUCACCGUGACGCUCACGUGGGUGGAGCUAAGUACAACCGAACGCUGAAUAAAACAUUUUUAGGCGACCAAAAACGUUAUAAAUAACUUUCAUGUACU